CCUCCAAAACCCCGCGACCCCCAACUUCUGUUCGAUAGCUACCGGAUUGUCCAACAAUUGGCUCUGCUACCUACCAUCUCUGCCUCUGCAUCCGCGCUCCAUUGGCGCUGCACUCCAUUUAAGCUGGUGAUGGGGCCCCAGCUUCCAUCGCCAAAAUCCACGCUCGCCUCCGCUUUGGGCAAUCACCCAACAACAUGCGCGACUUGAAACCCCUCCAGCUUCCCAGGCUCGUCGCCGCCCGCAAAAACUCAAAAUCAUCCCUCGACCUCGUCGACCCUUCUGCCUCCAUGUACUCCUGCACCGAUUCUUCCGUCUACUCGGCCUCGGGCUGCUCCACUCCGCCCACGCCUGCCCAUUCGGUCCGUGGCCAUUUCAGGUACCCGAGCUCCUCAUCAUCCCUGUCUUCGACGCCGCCCAAUCACGAUUCGUUUGACCUUCUCAACGCCUCGGGCAAGCUGCCGAAAUUGACCGAAGAGCCCGUUGAACGAGAAGAUGUCGAUAUGCUCGACUGCCAUUCCUGCGUGAAUAGCGUGCUGGAUCUGGAUCAAGCGACUCCCGACGUACCCGUCUUUGGCGCCGCCUUCGAUUAUGAUGUCCUCGAUGUCUUCAGUACCGAUCCUUCAGACUUGCACAUGGCCAAGCGACGGCGAUCAGGAGAAUCAGCGACACAGAGCCUCACUGAAAAGAUUGGAAAAAGAUUCCCGUCCCUCACCCGCAAGGUCCGUGAGCGCCAGAGAUCCUCGACCGUGAGCUCAUCCUCCCGGAGCGCUCCUCAGUCCCUCGUGCCCUCGCGCAAUCCGUCCCUGAAACUCUCCUCCACCAGGACCUUGUCCAACACGAAUCUGGUACAGCAACCAGUCGAUAUCUCCCCAGCCACUGCAAGGAGCAGCAACGAACGCCUGGACCAGUUCGCGACGCCAUCUCCUGCUGAUAUGGCCAAUGCAGAUUUUGCCCCAGGAGACACUGUCCCGGAAGCUGUCGAGCGCCUCGCUUCGACUCCUCUGUUGCCUCCCGUCGUGGUCAAGGUCCGUGACGAUGAUGUUCCUACACAGUCACCGCUACAGUCGCCCACAGUCGCCGACCCGGGCCACUCCAUUGGAGCCACGCCCAUUGGUACCCCACCUGUCCGCGCCUAUCCGACACCACCACUGUCCACCAAGCCAUCAGUCUCCUCGUUCAAGGCUCCACGCGCACAACUUGUCCCUGCAGCGGACACCGAUAUCCCUCCUAUCAUGCUCACCGACCCCAAUGACAAGUGGGCCGAUAAGCUCAGCCAUGCAAACUUCACCAUCCAACCAGAGCCCUAUAUGCCAGACGUCUGUGACGCCGCCUCGUUAAGACAACUGUGCGCUGAUUGGGAGCAAGCGCGAUGCAACUUCACCAAACACCUGGUACGAACCGGGGAACACUUUGGUGUCACAUCCAAACUCUACAAGCUCACCGAGCAGAAGUGGGCCGAGAUUGACGCUCAGUGGAAAGCGAACAUGGAUCUGGCCACCUCACGUGCUGCAGCCUUGGGCGCUGAGCCAGAGGCAACAUCCCCCAUGGAGCCUGCCCCGCUCACCAAGAUGCCAUUGCUCAGCGACCCGAAGAGCGAGGGCAAGUUCCCUGAACUUGGAGACGAGGACAUCGUCGGCCCCAUGGUGCAGAUUGCUGCGCAGAUCCAGAAGAGUCCCUCGCGGAAGCGCGCCUUGCUCAAGUUCUUCAGCGAUAUGAAGUUCCCCAACUCCUUCCUCAGGCGGUCCUCCGACAUUCCGAGUCAUUAGCUGCCAAACGUUCACGGCCGCCUUUACUUCACCCAUGUCCAUAUUAUGUGCCAUUAUUCACGUUUGUGGGCGUUUCUGUAACCCUGUCCGUUACGUUACGAUUCACGAUGUACGAC